AUGAAUUCUUUUGUCCAACAAGGACAUGGUGCUAUGAAGAGUUGUAAAUUGGGCAACUCUAACUUAAAGAGUCACAGUACUACCAAUAAUGUUUUCCAUGCCUACCGAAAUUGGUUUUUGUAUGUUCAAUUUGGAAGAUUGAUUGUUCAUGAAAUCAUAUUAAUAACUUGGCCAUUGAGAAAUCCUAACAACAUUACUUUAAGAAAAAUUACUUUAAACCACAACAAUCUUUUAUUUAUGCUUUGUUUAAGAAAUGUUGAAUUUCCGAAAAAAUUAAAGCGCUUUGUCCGUCUCUACACACAAACGAAGAGAACAAGGCAAGAUAGAACGAAAAAUCAAAUAAAAGGAGUUGAUAAUUUCAUCAUCAAUUUGGAUUUUCUCAUUGUGGGAAUCAAUCGAAUGAUUGGAUUGAAGUGUCUACAAAUAGGCUUAGCAGCUUUGAGAUCACCACAAAUUUCCGGGAUGAUGUAUACUGAAGCUAAAUGGUGUUGGUUGAACUUUGUUAAUGACCACAUCAUUGUUUAA